AUGGCUUUAGCCUUGUCGCAAUCAUGGCUCGAGAUCGAGCAAGCUCUCGGUCAAAGGCCACAAUUUUCUGGAGAUGCACUGGCUAUGAGGGAGCAGUACAAAGCUCUCGCAAAUCAGAUCAACGCUUCUAACAAAAGGUCCGCAAGCCUCGAUAUUGAGGAUAUUUCUAUUACGGAAAAUCUUGGGGCCAGAGUUUAUACCCCUGCUACUCCUGAUGAACGACCAUUGCCUGUUGGUGUUUACUUUCAUGGCGGCGGGUGGUGUUGUGGAGACGUAGAUACCGAAGACGGUUUCUGCCAAUCAGUAGCUGAGGGCUUGCCUUGCAUCAUUAUCUCAGUGGAAUAUCGACGGGCACCUGAGCAUAAAAGCUCAGCACAGCUCCAGGAUGUGCUUGAGGGUUGGACUUGGGCAUUGAAUAAUGCGUCUACUUUUAAUGGUGAUGCAGCUAGAUAUUUUGCGAUUGGACAAAGCGCUGGAGGCCAUCUUGCACUUGCUUUAACGAACAUGCUUGUCGCAUUGGGUCGAAAGGCUGAGAUCCGUGGUGUGGCGGCUCUGGCUCCAAUCACCACUCAUCCUGCCCAUAUUCCUAGUGAAUAUGUGGAAAAGUAUAAGUCAUUCAAUGAUUGUGCAGAGGCUCCGCUGAAUACGGCGUAUGCUAUGAAAACGUUCUUUGAGUCUGUUGGCGCAAGUCCUGACGAUCCAGACUUUUUCAUUAUAAACAGUGAACACAUUUAUGAUUUUCCUGCUACAUACAUCGUCGUGUGUGAUAUUGAUCCGAUCCGUGAUGAUGGUUUAGUGAUGCAUAGCGCAUUGAAUCAAGCCGGUGCAGAGUUGCCGAAAAAUGUUUGA